AUGUCCACAAGCCAAGAUAGUUCAGCGGAGUUCAACCUGCUUCGUUACAGCACCGGCGACGCUCUCCACUUUGUCUUUCAGAAUGGUGUCCGCCGUAAAGUGAACGAGGAGGGCGCGUCUCCGCUACCGGGGCUUUCAAAGGUGGUGGAACUGCAGGAAAAGCAGGCCGUCCGCGACAAGGUGCACACGUCCGGUACCACGGACGACCCUCUCGAUCUCAAGAAUCUCACGCAUGUCGGCACGCAUGAGGAGUGGUGUGCGCACUCCCAGACUGCGUGCGCGCUGGCCAAGAACGCGGUGGCGCAAUGCUUGCAGCGUCGUUCGGAGGUGCGAGUGCGCCGCUACGGCGAGGCGGUGAUGCAACUGUCGGAGGCCUUCCCCACGCUGCGGGACACUGAAGAACAGGCCCCCGAGACUGCUGCAGACACUCCCUAUGUGACCACAGCCUCUUCCACCCCGUACUGCACCUCGUCGGCCCAGGACCACACGCAAACCUCAGUCAAAGCGGACAAGUCAGCGGAGGCGGAGGCGAGCCUCACAACGGAUGACGAGGCGAGCGACGUAGCGGAAGAGGAAGAGGAGGAAGAACUCGAGACGUAUCUUCUUCAGCAUCCCACCUUCGGUGCCGACAUGGCUGCAGCAUGGCUGCGGCGCCGCUACCUACGCUGCUGCAACGUCAUUAACGUCCGCCCCAGCGCCGCUGUUUGCCGUCGAUUCUCGCGAUGCGUGCAAGCUACCUUGAGUAGCACCCUCAGCUCUUUCUCUGCGGAACAAAAGGCGGUGUCUCCGCUGUCGCCCGAUCGUGACACGCCCACGUCGUUUCUCUGCAGUCCAGGCGGGCGCACCUGGAUGUCCUUUCCAGGGACAAUGGUCCUUCUGCGCGAACUACGCACCGUUCCGUACGAGGUGAACGUGGACUUCAGCGGAUGCGCAGAGAUUGGGCAUCAGCCGCGCCAUUUCAUCGCACUGCUUGGUGUUCUUGAGGGAUGCCGCAACACCGUUGUCUCGCUCAAUGUGGCCAAGACAUGCCUCAGCGAUGACGAAGUGCGGGUGCUGUGUUUAUUCUGCCGCGCCUACCUGCGCCGACUGCAGGUGCUGGACUUGAGUGGCAACAAACGCGUCACGGACAAGGUGGCUGUGUGGAUCAAGCAACUGGCAGCCUCGUCCCCGCUGCUGUUCCGCCUGACUGUGCGAGGGACUUCGCUGAGCCGCUCCACUAUGCGAUCGGUGGCGGGCAUUUUAUGCCGCAAGGCACUGUGA